AUGGAGUCAGAAAGAGAAAUGGAUAGAAAACGAAUUAAAGAAAUAUAUAGAAGCGAUGAGAUGUCAAAUUUGGUUUUAACUUCAAAUAAACAGUCGAAAAGUGGAGAGAAGAAUAAUAUAAAAGAAGCAGAAGCAUCGCAGCCGAAAUCUGUGGCCGGUGUAAUCUCCAAAAAUGAUAUGGGAUCUGCUAUGAAACAUGAUCUGGAAACUUCAUCACUAAAAGACGAAUUAUCAUUAAAUAUCCAAACUUAUCCUGGGGAUGCUGCAAAUAAAAAAGAGGAUCUACAACCAAAAAAUACUAGUAACAGAUAUGGUAAUACUUUAUUGGAUCUCGAUGAACUAACAGAAAUCAAAUACCAUCCAACAAAUGACACAACUUUCUUGAUAUAUGAAGAAAUUCUACAGUGGGUCAUCUCGAUUAUUGGGAAUGAUAUACCGCAUCAAGUUAUAAUAGAAACUACAGAUUUAUUAAUAUCAUUAUUUAAAGAAGAUGAGGAGAACACACAUGACACUCAAAUGAAAUUAACGAAAAUUGAAGAAAUUUUGCAAAUGCCAAUUAAUAAAUUGAAUUUCCAAAGUCUAAUGAAAUUAAUGAACAAUAUAACUGACUAUAGUACUCAAAAAUAUGAAUCUAGCAAUACAAAAACUGGUAAUGCCAUUGCCGUGGUAUCUUCAGAAGAUGAAGAUGACACUCAAGAUCAACCUGAACUUGACUUCCAGGAACAUCACACAAAUAUCGAUACCAAAUUUAUCACAAAAAAAGAUAUAGGAAGAAAUGAAACUACUGAUUCUCAUGUACUCAAUUCCUCAAAGAGUAAUAUAAUAUUAGGCACAACAAAUUAUAAAAUAUUUUCAGAUACGAAAAUUUAUGAUGUCAACCCUAAUUAUCUUUAUAAUAUUAUCUUCUCCAGUAACCUGAAGAACCCUCACAAAGCUACUAUGCCAAAUUUUGAAAAUAUAAUUGAGCUGCUUUCAAGUGAACAUCUUACCGCAUCAGCUCUAUCAAAAUCGUUAAAAGCACAUAAAAUUGAUAUUUCUGAUGAGCUAAUUGAUAAUAUGAUCUUAAACAAGGAUAAGUUAAAAUGGGGGUUAUUAUUGUCGAAAUCGAAUGACAGCGACAAAGACAAAAUUAUAGAGGAAAUGAAAAAUAACAACUUAUUACCAUUAAUUGAUGAAUAUUUAAAUUAUUUCACCGGAAAAGUCAAAAGAAAAUUAGAACCAUCUAAUCAAACUGGAUACAAUGAUAGUGAUGACGAUACAUUUACACCAAAAAGAGCAAAAACACUCUCUAAAUCUUUGCAAUAUUUAAAUUUAGAAGAAUUUCAGAAGUACAAUAGAAUUUCAGACGUUUCAGCAAAUAAAAUUGUAUUGCCAAAUGGUUCUUUUAAAAGAGUAAAACCUAAAUAUGAAGAGAUACAUAUCCCACCGCUAAAACAGGUCUUGCUUGAUUAUACUCUGAUUAAUAUCACAGAUCUUCCUAAAUGGGCCCAAUCUGCAUUCCCACCAAAUGAAAUCGAGGUUUUGAACGCUAUACAGAGUAAGGUAUAUGGUGCUGCCUUUGAAACCGACGAAAACAUGCUGGUAUGCGCUCCUACUGGUGCGGGUAAGACAAAUAUUGCGCUUCUAGCUAUAUUAAGAUGCAUUUCUAAGCAUUUUAGUACAUCAAAGGAAACAUUACAACUCAACAAUUUUAAAAUCGUAUUUAUUGCUCCUUUGAAGGCACUAGUACAAGAGCAGGUAAGAGAAUUCCAAAGACGUCUAUCCCCAUAUGGCAUUAAAGUGUCCGAGUUAACUGGUGAUUCAAACUUAUCAAGAUCUCAAAUCAAUGAGACUCAAAUAUUAGUUUCAACACCUGAAAAAUGGGAUAUUAUCACCAGAAAAUCCAAUGAUUUAACAUACGUUAAUUUGGUUGAUUUGGUUAUAAUAGAUGAAGUACAUUUAUUACACGAUCCAAGAGGACCUGUGAUCGAAUCCAUUGUGUCUAGGUCGUUGAUAGAUGCAAACAUAAAGAAUCCGAGAAUAAUGGCUAUGUCUGCAACAUUACCUAAUUAUAAAGAUGUUGCAAAGUUCUUAAGAGUAAAAGAACCUUAUCUAUUCUAUUUUGAUUCCACUUUUCGUCCAUGUCCAUUAUCUCAACAAUUUUGUGGGAUUACAGAGAAGAGCUCUAUCAAAAAAAUUAGCGCAAUGAAUGAAGUUUGCUAUGACAAAGUAUUAGAAUCUGUCACAGAAGGACAUCAAGUAAUUGUAUUUGUUCAUUCUAGGAAAGAUACUCAUAGAACUGCAGAAUAUUUAAAGAAAGAGUUUUUAAAGAAUCAUCUUCUAGAUAAAAUUAAGAAACCUGAUGCCGGUUCAAAAGAAAUAUUGAGAAAAGAAACUGAAACUAUUAAAAAUUCAAAACUAAAAGAUCUAUGUACCUUUGGUAUCGGUAUACAUCAUGCUGGGCUAGAUAGAAGCGAUAGAUCACUUUCUGAAGAUUUGUUUGCGGAUGGGCUAUUACAAGUUCUAGUUUCAACUGCUACGCUUGCAUGGGGUGUUAAUUUACCUGCACAUACCGUUAUCAUAAAAGGCACAGAGGUUUAUUCACCGGAAACUAGUAAAUGGGAAAAAUUAUCAGCUCAAGAUGUUCUUCAGAUGUUAGGUAGAGCUGGUAGACCUAGAUACGAUACUCAUGGGAAAGGUAUCAUUAUAACUAAUCAAACCGAUAUUAAAUAUUACCUUGCUGUUUUAACAAAUCAGUUAUCAAUUCAAUCUUAUUUAUCUGAAAAGUUAGUCGAUUGCCUGAAUGCUGAGAUUGUUCUGGGUAAUGUUAUAAAUAUAAAUGAUGCAAAAAACUGGUUCCAACAUACGUUCCUUUAUAUUCGCAUGUUGGUAUCUCCAAAAACGUAUAACAUUCCAAACUUGGAGAAUUUUGAUUCAUUUAUGUUUUCUUUAAUGCAUACUUGUUUUAGAAUUCUUCACGAUGGUAAACUUGUGGUUUACAAUGACAAGGAAUUGACAGUGGAAAGCACAGAAUUGGGUAAAAUUGCAUCACAUUAUUAUAUCGAUCAUGAAUCGAUAAAAUUAUAUUAUGAUAAUAUUAAUAGUAAUAUGGACACCUCAGAAUUGUUACAAACAUUCUCUCUUUCUAGUGAGUUUAAAUUUGUUUCAGUUAGAACAGAAGAACGGAAAGAAUUGAUGACGUUAAAAUCUAGAUCACCAUUCCCGAUACCUGAGUCAAUGGAUGAGAAUUCCACUAAAAUAAUUAUACUGCUACAGUCAUAUAUAUCAAGGAUACAAUUUGAAGGGCUAGCUUUAAAUGCCGAUAUGACUUUUAUUAUUCAAAAUGCAGGACGUUUAAUGAAGGCAAUAUAUGAAAUAUGUUUAUAUAAAAACUAUGCCAGACAAACGAAAACUGCAAUCUCGUUAUGCAAAUGCAUCGAUAACCGCAUGUGGUCGGCUAAUUCACCUUUGCGCCAAUUCAAAGGUUGUCCCAAUGAGGUUAUCAAGAGAACCGAAGCCUCAUAUACCCAAUGGGAUGAUUAUUUGAAAAUACAGUCACCGAGUGAGGUCGGUAAAGCUAUCAGAUCAGAAAAGAAUGGUAAGUUAAUAUAUGAUCUUCUUAGACGAUUUCCUAAAGUCCAAUUAGAAUGUCAAGUCCAAACCAUAACACCAACUAUUUUUCUUUUCGAUUUAACUUUUACACCAACAUGGAUAUGGGAUAGUCGUUAUCACAAAACAUCCGAACCGUUUAUUAUUAUUGUGGAGGACUCCGAUGGGAAAGAGAUUUUGUAUUCAAAUUAUAUCUUAAUCAAUAAAAACGAAUUGGGCCAGGACCAUAUGUUAAGUUUCACUUUAGAGCUACCAAAAAAUAAUAAUUCUCAAGUUCCACCUAAUAUAUUCAUAAAUAUUAUCUCAGAAAAAUGGAUUAAAUCAUCUGAAACACUUUCAGUUUCAUUAGCAAAAUUGAUAAAACCGAGGAAGUUUACAGCACCAAUGAAAGCAAACGAUAUUGAAUUAGUCUUUACUUCAAGGUUACAAGUACCAGAAUUCUCAAAUGUAUUUAACUUUGAUAAAUUUGACUUCCAUAUAAGUUCAUGUUUUGAUGUUUUAUAUAAUUCCAACGACAAUAUUUUUAUUAGUCGUACUGAAAAUCCACAAGAUUCCACAGGUCCUGAGUUAGCUUUAUUGAACCAUUGGCGACAGAAUAAAGGAAGGGCGAUAUAUAUUCACCCAAGUCAAACACAUAUUGAUCAUUUAGUUAAUGUUUGGCAAGGAAAAUUCUCAAAAAUUGCUGAAGGUCAGGUCAUUCAAAAAUUAACCGAAGAUGUUUCAAUAAAUAUUAAAUUAUUGGCACAAAGUCACCUCAUUUUAGGGACCCCUGAACAAUUAAAUUUUCUUUCAAGAAAAUGGCCAACACGAAAAAAUUUACAAUUGGUUGAACUAUUAAUUUAUGAUGGUCUUCAAAACGUUCGCAAUUCUAUUACUGGGUCAGUAUAUGAAAUUUUAAUCUCAAGAAUGAAUUUAAUGAUUGCACAAUUGGAGAAGGAUAUAAGAAUAGUAGGGUUUUCAUCACCAAUUGCUAAUAGCCGUGAUUUUGCAGACUUUAUUGGAGUUAAUAAAAAAUUUAUGUACAAUUUCUCACCUCAAGACAGGAUAGAGCAAUUGAAUGUUGAGUUUAUUACUCAUAAUAAUAUGGGGUUUAAAACGCCUUCUAACUUAUCAAGAAGACAAGCUUUUGAUUAUAUUUUAUAUAACGGAAAACCUAGAAACUAUUCCAUUAUAUAUACCCAAUCUAGGAAAGAAUGUUAUAAAGUGGCACGACAAUUCGUUUCUUAUCUAUCAUAUCAAAAUACACAGUCAAUUGAUAAACCUAAUGUUAGUUCUGAUGAAGGUAUCAAACAUAUUAGCGACCCUUCAACGAAAAGUGCAUUAGAUGCAGGAAUUGGGAUAAUUUAUGAAGGAAUGCCAAUCGCGAAUUUAGACACUAUCUUAAAAUUAUAUAAUGAUGGUAAUAUUUCUACUUUAUUAAUACCAUUUGAAAGUGUUAAAAUUGCACCGAAAUCAAAUAUUACUAUAAUUUUGGACACUGAAUACUAUGAUGAGCAACACCGAUGCUAUUAUGAUUGCAAUAUUGAUAAUGUUAAUGAAAUGAUCUCACAUACAGUAGGCAACACAGAUACCCAUAUGGGAAUCGUUCUAAUUUUUACAAAUUCCUAUAGAAAAGAAUAUUACCAAAAAUUCAUUACCGAACCUGUUCCUGUUGAAAGCAGCUUACUGAACAAUAUACAUGAUUAUAUUUUAAAUGAGAUAUGCACGUCUAUUAUUGAGAAUAAACAAGAUUGUAUGGAUCUUUUAACAUAUUCUCUGUUUUACCGAAGGUUGCAUGCAAACCCCAGUUAUUAUGGUCUAUCUGAUGUUUCUGCAGAGGGAAUUUCCCAGUUCUUAACAACUUUAGUAAAUGAUGUUAUUGCUGAUUUAAUCAAUUGUUCUUUGAUAUCUCCGGUCAGUAGACCUGAUGCCGAUACUAUAAAUGAAGACAGAGAUGAGGAAGGUAUUAAUAACGAUGAAAAUUUCAUUAUUUUACCAUUCUCGAAUGUGCUUGUCAAAUAUAAUAUUUCUUUCUACACAAUGAAAUACUUCUUGAAUAAUUUGACUAGUGCUUCCACCUUAAAGGAUAUACUUUUAUUAUUAUCGAAUUCAAGAGAAUUCGAUACAGUUCCACUCAGAGAAGGUGAUUUAUCAUACCUACAGAAUUUAGAAAAACGAUUACCAUUGAAAUUUACUGGAAAUAUUCAUAAUGAUCCGAGGAAAUUUAAAUUAUUUAUUUUAUUUCAGUCAUAUUUUAGUAGAAUUUCACUUUCUACUGAACUUAAAAACGAUUUACAUGCUGUAUUAAAACAUGUAUGUAAUUUGACUGCCACGGUGGUUGAUAUUCUGGCAGGUAAUGGGUGGUUAAACUCUACGACAGCAAUGGAUUUAUUGCAAAUGUUUGUUCAAGGUGUUUGGGACACAGAUAAUUCUUUGAAACAGAUUCCAUUGUUUGAUAAGGAUAUAUUAAGUAAAUGUGCCGUCAAGGGUGUAGACAGUGUUUAUGAUUUUAUGGCAUUAGAAGAUGAAGAUAGAGAAGAAAUAUUAAGUAUUGAUAACAUUGAACUUAACAAAAUCGCAAAUUUUGUGAAUAAUUACCCUAAUAUUGAAUUAAAGUAUCAAAUAGAAAACAUCAACAGGAUAGAAAUGAACUCAAUUAAAGAAAUAAUGGUAACAAUCUCAAGGGAUGAAGAACCUGAAUCAACAUUGGUGAUAUCGGAGAAAUAUCCUUACGAUAAGAUAGAGAAUUGGUGGCUAGUACUCGGGGAAUGUGAUACUAGAGAACUGUAUGCUAUAAGAAAAGUGACGCUAUCUAAAGAAAGCCAAAGUUUCAAAUUACCAUUUUCUUUAGAUAGGCAGGGAACUCACAAAUUAACAUUAUUUUGUGUCUGUGAUUCUUAUCUAGAUGCCGACAAAGAAGUGUCUUUCGAUGUCACAGUUGCUUGA